AUGGCUAGGCCUUCCUGGUUUGAUACUAUUGGGCUUUCACCAGAUUCUCAGGAGGAUGGAUCUGGAAUUAAACAGGCAGCAGAAAAUGUAAAAGCCUUGAUAGUUCAAGAGGUGAAGAAUGGCAUUCCUUCUAACAGGAUUAUUUUGGGAGAAUUUUCUCAGGAGGAGCUUUAUCUCUGUACAUCGCAACAGAAAGGGGCGGGUGGCGCUACACUCAGUUGUUUGCUUCCACUUUGCUCUUCACUUACACAGGGUCCUAUCAGUGGCAUCAACAGAGACAUUUCUAUUCUCCAGUGUUGUGGAGAUAGUGACCCUUUAGUUCCCUUAAUAUUUAGUUCUCUGAUUGUUGAGAAACUAAAGACACUGGUAAACCCAGUGAAUGUAACCUUCAAAAUGUAUGAAGGCAUGAUGCACAGUGUCAACAGAAAAUGA